AUGCAUUUAUUUUGUUGUUUGUUUUGUGAUUUGCUUCGUGAUAUUUUUUGCGCAUGUAUUGUAGGUGGAUCCCACUGGACUGAAUCCACCCGGCGGGUAUCUCUCAUUUCAAUCAGUGUCAACGUCUGUCAUUUUUCUUCUUUUUCCUUAAUAUCAAUCAGACAUCCCCGGUUCUUUUCUCUUUUUUUUUUUUUUUCGGUACACCUACUUUUUCUUCCACGAUGUAAUGUUCACUUCACUUUAUCAGUCGUUGCUGUCACCAUUUUCUUGCUUCUCAUCGUCUUACUGUUGUUUUUUUUGUUUCUUGUUUUGCAUCUAAAGUCGUCUGCUCCUCACCAUUUUCUGAUAUUUUUCUCUUUUCCUCUUCUUUUCUUUUGUUGUUUCAUUUCAGUUCUUUCUUUCUUUCUGCAACCUUUAUUAUUUUUUUCAUCCAUUUGUUCUAGUUAUUCUCGAGGAUUUCUUUCUCCCCCUUCUUAUUUUUUUCCUUUCUUAUGUCUUGCUCAUUUUCUUUUAUUCUCUUCUAUUUUCUUUUUCGUUUCUAUUUUUUCCUCAACUCUCUCUUCUGUCUCUUUCAAUGAGUCUCCUUUGACUCUUUCUCUUUUUUUUUUCAUCCAUUUGCUGCUCUUCUCACCUUUCGCUCCAAACGUUCCGCCAUUGCAUCUUCUGAUAGUGCCUCUGUUUCUUCGUGUUUUUUUCUAUUUCCCAGUAGUGUGA